AGUAACGACCGCAGGAUAGAAAUACAGAGAGACACGCCCCCAACCAAAACGCCACUCUAUAGCCACAAAUAAUGCUCAGAACAGCACCUAACUUCAUCAACAGGACAUAUAGGGUCACAGACAUAGUACUAGACACCAAACAUCUUUUUAACUUUGACUCAUUUCUUUAGCAAAGAGACUAAACACAACUCACCUACUCUCUUCCAGCAGACGCUUGUUUGUAGUGAGACCUCAGGCCAGUCCAUUACAGACUACAGCGGGGUGACGCAGCUCAAGGAAGAACAUUUAUGAUCAUUUCUUCAUGGAAAUACAAUCAGACCGAGACGCUAAGACAGAAGAACUACAGCGUCUGUAAAAUGAUUAAUAUGGUGAUUAUUACUUCAAGGAAAUGAUGAAGAAAUGAUCAUAAAUGAUCCUCUGAACUCUGUGAUCGACUCACUAAAGUUGGUUUAACUAGAGAAACAAGCGGUCGACAACAUUCAUGUCUGUCGGUCUGACCCUAAGUUAGUUUUACUCCAGAAUAUCCCUUUAAGGUCGACACACAGAAAACUGAGAAAGGAACACAACACACACACAGGUAUGAACCACUCUGACACAGGUGAUGCUGUGUGUGUGUGUGUGUGUCUGUGUGUGUGUGUGUGUAUGUGUGUGUGUGUGUGUGUGUUUGUUUUUGCCCUUUUAGGAGACAUACCUGGAGGUCCUCUUCUCUCCUCUCCGUUUUACAGCUUCAGCCAUCCUUAAAGCUCUACAGGUAAGACCACCUGCUGUGACAUCAUCACGCUGUGACAUCAUCACGCUGUGACUUCAUCAUGCAGCAAUCACACAGUGAACACUGUGUGUGUUUAUGUGUGUAUUUUAACACUGUGUGUGUGUGUGUGUGUGUGUUAGAUCUUUCGCAGGGGCUCGGACAGGCUGUGUGACGUGUCAUGGGAGGGGCUUAAGAAGGAAGUGACCCUGGCUGUGGAGAGCGAGGUAACGCCUGAGUCACAUGAUGCUGAAUGUUUGUGUGUGUGUGUAGUUGUUAAGGUAACCUGAAGCUCCGCCCCCUCCUCACCUGUAGCUGCAGAGCAGUGUGACGGAGUUCGAGUUCUCUCAGGAGGAGUACCGUCAGCUGCAGGUGGAGUUCUGGUCCAGGUUCUACUCCUGCUGCCUACAGUACCAGGAGGUCCAAUCAGAACCUCUGAGCCUGACCAUCAACCAGAACACGGGCCUGGUCUGCCUGCUGAGGAAGGUCAGUCCCUUUCUGCCUGCUUCCUGUUUCCUGUUUCCUGUUUGUUUAUGGUCACCUACAGCUGUGUGUGUGUGUGUGUGUGUGUGUGUGUGUGUGUGUGUGUGUGUGUUUCAGGGGUUUGUGUCGUACCUGCUGCCGUGUUUUGCCGUGGAUCACCUGUACCUGUCCUUUGAUGAGUACCUGUCCUCAGAGGAGGACACGCCCCUCACUGAAGGUAGAGUAUCUGUUCCUUCACUCUCCGGUUCAGGUUCACGUUAGUCAGACCUCAGGACAGUUCUGGUCUUAGGUCCAUCUGAGCCGGGCCCAGGUCCAGAGAAGUCUGCAGGGUUUCUGGGUCAUGUUAAAGUCCGUUUGACCCCGAACAUGUGUGUGUGUGUGUGUGUGAAUGUGUUAAUGUGUGUGUGUGUGUGUGUGUGUGUGUGAAUGUGUUAAUGUGUGUGUGUGUGUGAAUGUGUUAAUGUGUGUGUGUGUGUGUGUGUGUGUGAAUGUGUUAAUGUGUGUGUGUGUGUGACUGUGUUAAUGUGUGUGUGUGUGUGUGUGUGAAUGUGUUAAUGUGUGUGUGUGUGUGUGAAUGUGUUAAUGUGUGUGUGUGUGUGUGUGUGUGUGAAUGUGUUAAUGUGUGUGUGUGUGAAUGUGUUAAUGUGUGUGUGUGUGUGAAUGUGUUAAUGUGUGUGUGUGUGUGUGAGUGUGUGUGUGUUAAUGUGUGUGUGUGUGAAUGUGUUAAUGUGUGUGUGUGUGUGAAUGUGUUAAUGUGUGUGUGUGUGUGUGUGUGUGUGAAUGUGUUAAUGUGUGUGUGUGUGUGUGUGUGUUAAUGUGUGUGUGUGUGUGUGUGUGUUAAUGUGUGUGUGUGUGUGUGUGUGUGUGUGUGUGUGUGCGUAGACCCUGAGCUGGGCCGGGACGUCCUCCAGCUGGUUCAGUGCGUGCGAGCGGUCAGUGAUGCGGUUUCUGGAGAAAUGGCGUACGAGAUGGAGAAAGCUCUGGAACACCUGCAGUCACCUGAGAGGGCGGCAGAACUCGUCCUGGAGCACCUGCUGUCCAAUGACAGGUCAGUGACACACACACACGCACUCACACACACACACACGCACACACUGGGCUGAUGGUUAAUUAACAAUCGAACAUGUGAUUUAAAAAUAUUGAUGCGGUACCAACGUGACCUGUGACCCUCCCCACGGCGAUGAUUGAGCGGCGCCAUGCUGUCGGCGUUGAAGGAGUUCGGCGUAACGAUCCGAACCUCGGAAACUUUUUGUCAUAGUUUUCGAAUCUCUUUGUCUGUUUGUUCCGCCAUCAUUUGUGCGUUCUUAUUCUCUGUUUCCUUGCGGGAUGUAGACAGCGAGCGAUACUGCCCCCCAGUGGCUGGUUUAGGUUUUACAACAACAAUAACACAACAUGUCGACACUUCUAUCUUCGCAUCAGCGUAAUCGAUUGCGUUGUCCAAUCGUUGCAGCCGUGGUCACAAGGCGUCAGGUUGAGAGCAGACAGGUGAAGGUCACUUCCUGUUUUAUCUUUCACUGUCCGUGUGCUGAUGCUGAUGUCACUUCCUUCAGCGAGAACGUGGUCGAAGACAUCCAGAACAAGCUGCAGGACAUCAGGAACCCCAUGGCAGCCAUGAUGGUUCUGCUGAGGGAGCUGGACCUGGAGACGGACUCGGAACCGGUCCCAGAGGGACCCCUGACACCUGGUACCGUCAGCUGACCACCUGUAUGACAUCAUAGCUCACAAGAUGUCACCUUCACAGCCAUCAUAACGACUGUGUCUGUGUCUGUGUGUGUGUGUGUGUGUGUGUGUGUGUGUGUGUGUGUGUGUGUGUGUGUGUGUGUGUGUGUGUGUGUGUGUGUGUGUGUGUGUGUCUGUGUGUGUGUGUGUGCGUGUCUGUGUGUCUGUGUCUGUGUCUGUCUGUGUGUGUCUGUGUGUGUGUGUCUGUGUGUGUGUCUGUGUGUGUGUGUCUGUGUGUGUGUCUGUGUGUGUGUGUGUCUGUGUGUGUGUGUGUGUGUGUGUGUGUGUGUGUGUCUGUGUGUGUGUGUCUGUGUGUGUCUGUGUGUGUGUGUCUGUCUGUGUCUGUGUGUGUCUGUGUGUGUGUGUGUGUGUCUGUGUCUGUGUGUGUGUGUGUGUGUGUCUGUGUGUGUCUGUGUCUGUGUGUGUGUGUGUGUGUGUGUGUGUCUGUGUGUGUCUGUCUGUGUGUCUGUGUUUGUAUCAAACCCAGGUCACAGUCUCAGUGUCAGGAUCAGCCUCUCUCAGCUGUUCGGCAGCAGCGCCGCCGUCUCUCUCGUCUGUCAGGCCGUGUGUCACAUGACCAUGACCCGGGCCAUGUUCUGCAGAGACCUGCUGAUCCUGCAGAAACUCUACCUGCGCUUCGGAGACAAUGUAUGCACACACACACACGUUCACACACACGUGCACACACGCACACACACACACACACACACACACACGUGCACGCACACUAAAAGGGAACACCUGGGAUGAUUCAUACCUCACUUGUUUCCAGGUGACUGUGUGUGUUUUACUUCACUCAACCCUGAGUGUGUGUAUGUGUGUGUGUGUGUGUGUGUGUGUGUGUGCGUGUGUGUGUGUGUUGUUCACCUGUGUGUGUGUUGUUCACCUGUGUGUGUGUGUGUGUGUGUGUGUGUGUGUGUGUGUGUCUCAGGUGUUCCUGGGCGGCGGCGCUCAGCUCCUGCAGCUCCAGCAGGACUUGAUUCCUCGCAGUUCUCACCUCCUCUCCUCGUAUCACCUCCUCAAACACGUCAGUCAGAGCCUCGCCGCCGCCGUACCCGUGGACAUCCUGUGAGUACUUCCUGUUUCUGUCAGUCAGGGUGGGUGGGGCUUGAAUCUGUACAUCUUGAGGUCCGUGUUGAUGAGACCUCAUGAAAGAAGGCGGCGGUUUAUGAGAUCCUCUGAGUCCAGGCCCCUCCUCUCUAUCGUCAUGUGACUCUGAUGGGCGGGGCUAAGACGUGAAGCAUGAGCCUGUUCUGACCUUUGACCUCUGACCUGCAGAGACGCUAACCUGCAGCACCUGACCGUGUUGGAGCUGUCGGACUCUCCGGCGCUCUCCUCCUCGCACAGAUCAGGUCAGUGACUGAACGGCGUUUACGAUGGCGUUAAUCGUGUUUGAUGUCAGCAGGUUAAAAUGAUGAGUCAGCACCAUUUCAAAAAGGUCAUUGACGAUGUUUUCAUGUUUAGUAUUGACGGCAGUAUCAGCUCGAUCGAUCAAUAAAUCUGUGUCUUUACAAACUCAAACCAUGACGGCGUUGGACAAACUCUCAGUAACGUGUUGUUCAACUGUCAUGGCGUCUGUUAUCAGUCGACCGCCAUGACCACGGCGGUCACCGUCAGCGGAGUGUCUGUGUGAUGAAAGUCGAUCAGACGUGGCGUUGACCUUCUGUGACCUGUCUUCCUCGUCAGUGCUGAGCCCUCAGACGGUGGUGGAGCUCUUCUAUCAGACGGCGGCGAGGAAGAUGAUGGUGUCUCAGAUCUUCUCUCAGCAGCAGAGCGACUCUCUGCUCCUCUGGAGUCACAUGACCUCCAACCUGGUCCACCAGCUGGCCCAGCUGCUGUAUCCUCCCGUCACCUGACACACCUGAGCGGCGCCGGCGGCUCCGCUCGGCCCGUUUGUGUCGGUUUGUUCAUUUGUAGAUUUCCUCCAGUGGCUGUUUGUUCCUUCACCAGUGUUCCCAGUUGGCCCAAUAAUCCUGGUUUCCAGUUCCCAGAGUGUCUGAUGGCGAACUGUCAGUACACCCAGCUGCAGGUGAGUCUACCUGUGAUCCAUAAUCAGUGAGGAACCAGAACCAGAACCAGAACCAGAAAUGUCUUUAGUCACAGAAAAACCAGAAAAAAGAGAAAAUAAAGUCUGAAGACCUGCUGGAGGGUCAGAGGUCAGAGGUCAGAGGUCAGGGAAACAUUCAAACUCCACAACAUGUUUAAUCACUGUGUGUGUCACUGUGUGUGUCUGUGUGUGUGUCUCUCUGUGUGUGUGUGUGUGUGUGUGUCUCUCUGUGUGUAGGAGUACGUGCGUCUGAUUGGUCCUUGGUGUCAGGUGAACGUUGGUUCUCGUCGCUUCAUGCUGGGUCAGUGUUACCUCGCCAACGGGGAAGGACAGAAGGUCAGUGACACACCUGAGAAUGUCACAGGAGGCGGAGCUACAGCUCACCUCCUCCUCCUCCACCUCACCUGCUCUCCUCCUCCUCUCUCUCCUUCUCCUCCUCCUACUCCUCCUCACCUCCUCUUACUCCUCCUCCUCCUCUCUCUCCUUCUCCUCCUCCUACUCCUCCUCACCUCCUCUUACUCCUCCUCUCUCUCCUUCUCCUCCUCCUACUCCUCCUCACCUCCUCUUACUCCUCCUCUCCUCAGGCUCUCCAGUGUUUCCAGGAGGCUGCGACAGAGGUGGAGAAGGAGGAGUUUCUCCUCAGAUUGACGGGCAGCGAGGAGGAGGAGUCAGCGUCCACCCCCCGACUGCAGUACUACAACAAGGUACACACCUGAAACACACACACACACACACACAUAUACAGACACACACAUACAGACACACACACACACACAGACACACACACAUACAGACACACACCUGUUUAACACACCGGUUCACCUGAACCACAUAAUCAAGUAUAACAGUGAGUUUAAUCUGAGAACUCAGCUGUGUGUGUGUGUGUGUGUGUGUGUGUGUGUGUGUGUGUGUGUGUGUGUGUGUGUGUGUGUGUCUGUGUGUGUGUGUGUGUGUGUGUGUGUGUGUGUGUCUGUGUGUGUGUGUGUGUGUGUGUGUGUGUGUGUGUGUGUGUGUGUGUGUGUGUGUGUGUGUGUGUGUCUGUGUGUGUGUGUGUGUGUGUGUGUGUGUGUGUGUGUGUGUGUGUGUGUGUGUGUGUGUGUGUGUGUGUGUGUGUGUGUGUGUCUGUGUAUGUGUGUGUGUGUGUGUGUGUGUGUGUGUCUGUAUGUGUGUGUGUGUGUGUGUGUGUGUAUGUGUGUGUGUGUGUGUGUGUGUGUGUCUGUGUCUGUGUGUGUGUGUGUGUGUGUGUGUGUGUCUGUAUGUGUGUGUCUGUGUGUGUGUGUGUAUGUGUGUGUGUGUGUGUGUGUGUGUGUGUGUGUCUGUGUAUGUGUGUGUGUGUGUGUGUGUGUGUGUGUGUCUGUGUAUGUGUGUGUGUGUGUGUGUGUCUGUGUAUGUGUGUGUGUGUGUGUGUGUGUCUGUGUCUGUGUCUGUGUCUGUGUCUGUGUGUGUGUGUGUGUGUGUGUGUGUGUGUCUGUGUGUGUAUGUGUGUGUCUGUGUGUGUGUGUCUGUGUGUGUCUGUGUGUAUUUCAGGUGUUGAGGCUGUUGGAGGAUGUGGGUCUUCCUGAGCUCGUCAUCCAGCUCGCCUCUCUGGCGAUUACGGAGGCGGCGAGCGACAUCAACAGUCAGGUAACCUGGAAGUUCUGGGCGUGAAAUCAAUAACGAUAAAAAUCAUUAAUUAGUUUUUCCUUAAAAUCGAUUAAAAACACGAUCAAUCGGGUUUUUCGAUCGUCGUCAUUAAAAAGGAGAUCGGAGCGCUCAGCUGUUUGGUGUGUGUGUGUGUGUGUCCUCGUUCAAACACACAGGUGUGUGUGUGUGUGUCCUCGUCGUUCAAACACACAGGUGUGUGUGUGUGUGUGUGUCCUCGUUCAAACACACAGAUGUGUGUGUGUGUGUCGUCGUUCAAACACACAGGUGUGUGUGUGUCCUCGUCGUUCAAACACACAGGUGUGUGUGUGUGUGUCGUCGUUCAAACACACAGGUGUGUGUGUCCUCGUCGUUCAAACACACAGGUGUGUGUGUGUCGUCGUUCAAACACACAGGUGUGUGUGUGUGUGUGUGUCCUCGUCGUUCAAACACACAGGUGUGUGUGUGUGUGUGUGUCCUUGUCGUUCAAACACACAGGUGUGUGUGUCCUUGUCGUUCAAACACACAGGUGUGUGUGUCCUCGUCGUUCAAACACACAGGUGUGUGUGUCCUCGUCGUUCAAACACACAGGUGUCCAGUUUGGUGGAUUUCUUUGGUUCUGCUGAUCAAAGUCGGUCCAGAUCAGAGCGAACAGAAGAUGAAGAUGGAGGAACCUGAGAGAGCGUCAGUCGUCUUCACCGUAAACAUGAACCUAAAAGAAACAAACUCAGGUCGGACAUUUACUCACAGAAACACGGAGGUGAAGAUUUGAUAAAGACAGGAAGUUUACCAGCGACCCUCAGACCAUCCUCAGACCAUCGUCUGCUGCAGGAGGAGGAGAACUGUCACACACAGGUGAAGGUGUGUUUCAUCGUGUUGGAUCGUCUCUGGUGCGUUCAUGAGCGUAGGACAAACGAAAACUCACCAUAAAACACAAAAUAACCGAACAGUCUUUACUUAAAAACAACGCGGACGUUUAACGGACUUUCUGACAGGUCGUGGUCGACUCUACGAACAGCCAAUGAAAAGAGCAGUUACUCCAGGGUUAGCCAAUCAUGAGCUGAAUUAGAACCAAGGAGCAAAGACCUCAUAGAUGCAGGAGAUCGAUCAAUAAACACGGAUCGAUUUUAAUAUCCUGAUAUUGAUCGAUAUCGACUGAUAUCAACGAAAUCUAUCCUGAUCAACUUUUGAACGUGUGUGUGUGUGUGUGUGUGUGUCUGUGUGUGUGUGUGUGUGUGUUCAGGCGGCUCUCUGGACCAGAAUAUUCAAACACCACCUGGACCUGGGACACAACAGUGAAGCUUAUGAAGCCCUCACACAGAACCCAGACAGCAGCAUGUAAGUACACACACACACACACACACACCUCGAUUACAUACCCAAAUAUUUAUACACACAUUCUGUAUUACAUAUCACGAUUUAUAUCUAAACAAGAUCUUCUGUGUGUGUGUGUGUGUAUGUGUGUGUAUGUUUAUGUGUAUGUGUGUCUGUGUGUCUGUGUGUGUGUGUGUCUGUGUGUGUGUCUGUUCUGUGUGUGUGUCUGUUCUGUGUGUGUGUGUGUGUGUGUGUGUGUGUCUGUGUGUGUGUCUGUGUGUCUGCGUGUGUGUGUGUGUGUCUUUGUGUGUGUCUGUUCUGUGUGUGUCUGUGUGUGUGUGUAUGUUUGUGUGUGUGUGUCUGUUCUGUGUGUGUCUCUGUGUGUGUCUGUGUGUGUGUGUAUGUUUGUGUGUGUGUCUGUUCUGUGUGUGUGUCUCUGUGUGUGUGUGUGUCUGUGUGUGUGUCUGUGUGUGUCUGUGUGUGUCUGUGUGUCUGUGUGUGUGUGUGUGUGUGUGUGUGUGUGUGUGUGUGUGUGUGUCUGUGUGUGUGUCUGUUCUGUGUGUGUGUGUGUGUGUGUGUGUGUGUGUGUCUGUUCUGUGUGUGUGUGUGUCUCUGUGUGUGUGUCUGUGUGUGUGUGUGUGUGUCUGUUCUGUGUGUGUGUGUGUGUGUCUGUGUGUGUGUCUCUGUGUCUGUGUGUGUGUGUGUGUGUGUGUGUGUGUCUGUGUGUGUGUGUGUCUCUGUGUGUGUCUGUGUGUGUGUGUGUGUGUGUGUGUGUGUGUGUGUGUGUGUGUCUCUGUGUGUGUGUGUGUGUGUGUGUGUCUGUGUGUGUGUGUGUGUGUGUCUCUCAGGCAGCUGGAUUGUCUCCGUCAGCUGGUGGUGGUUCUCUGUGAACGCUCUCAGCUCCACGAUCUGGUCCAGUUCCCCUACGUCAACCUUCACGAUGAGGUAAGACUCCGGAGACGAUCGAUCAGUUUCCUGUCUGUCAGUCAUGAUCACCUGUCAAUCAUCACAAAUAUGAAAACUAAAGUGUUAAAGUGUAAACAGCUGAUCCAGGAUAGUCUGGGGACAAGAGCAGAAACUAAAGAAACAGAUGGGAGUGUCUGACCGUCUGUUGGUGUCUGACCGUCUGUUGGUGUCUGACCGUCUGUUGGUGUCUGACCGUCUGUUGGUGUCUGUUGGUGUCUGACCGUCUGUUGGUGUCUGACCGUCUGUUGGUGUCUGACCGUCUGUUGGUGUCUGACCGUCUGUUGGUGUCUGUUGGUGUCUGACCGUCUGUUGGUGUCUGACCGUCUGUUGGUGUCUGACCGUCUGUUGGUGUCUGACCGUCUGUUGGUGUCUGACCGUCUGUUGAUGUCUGACCGUCUGUUGGUGUCUGACCGUCUGUUGGUGUCUGACUGUCUGUUGGUGUCUGACCGUCUGUUGGUGUCUGACUGUCUGUUUGUGUCUGUUGGUGUCUGACCGUCUGUUGGUGUCUGACCGUCUGUUGGUGUCUGACUGUCUGUUGGUGUCUGACCGUCUGUUGGUGUCUGUUGGUGUCUGACCGUCUGUUGGUGUCUGACUGUCUGUUGGUGUCUGACCGUCUGUUGGUGUCUGUUGGUGUCUGAUCGUCUGUUGGUGUCUGACUGUCUGUUGGUGUCUGACCGUCUGUUGGUGUCUGACCGUCUGUUGGUGUCUGACCGUCUGUUGGUGUCUGUUGGUGUCUGAUCGUCUGUUGGUGUCUGACUGUCUGUUGGUUUCUGACCGUCUGUUGGUGUCUGACCGUCUGUUGGUGUCUGACCGUCUGUUGGUGUCUGACUGUCUGUUGGUGUCUGUUGGUGUCUGAUCGUCUGUUGGUGUCUGACUGUCUGUUGGUGUCUGACCGUCUGUUGGUGUCUGAUCGUCUGUUGGUGUCUGACUGUCUGUUGGUGUCUGACCGUCUGUUGGUGUCUGACCGUCUGUUGGUGUCUGACUGUCUGUUGGUGUCUGACUGUCUGUUGGUGUCUGUUGGUGUCUGACCGUGUGUUCGUGUCUGACUGUCUGUUGGUGUCUGACCGUCUGUUGGUGUCUGACCGUCUGUUGGUGUCUGACCGUCUGUUGGUGUCUGACCGUCUGUUGGUGUCUGUUGGUGUCUGACCGUCUGUUGGUGUCUGACUGUCUGUUGGUGUCUGACCGUCUGUUGGUGUCUGUUGGUGUCUGACUGUCUGUUGGUGUCUGACCGUCUGUUGGUGUCUGUUGGUGUCUGAUCGUCUGUUGGUGUCUGACUGUCUGUUGGUGUCUGACUGUCUGUUGGUGUCUGACCGUCUGUUGGUGUCUGACCGUCUGUUGGUGUCUGACCGUCUGUUGGUGUCUGUUGGUGUCUGACCGUCUGUUGGUGUCUGACCGUCUGUUGGUGUCUGUUGGUGUCUGACCGUCUGUUGGUGUCUGCGUCACAGUAAACACUGACGGUCUGAGUCACAGACCUCCGUAUGAAGAGGUCGUUCAGACGUAGACUGGAGCUCCACCCCUCUGCAGACCUUCUCCUCUGAAGCUGCUCUCUGCCUCCAUCAUCGUUUACUUUCCUCAUGAAACACAUAGAAAGAUCCGAUCAUGGACCCGAUCACCUUAUUGAUCUUUAUUAUCCGAUCAGAAUCAGACGGGUUUGAUCGUUUGAUUCGACUCCAGAAAUGAUUGAAGAACUUCAGAAGGUUAGAAAAUGACGACUCCGCUCUCCCGGCUCCGAGGGUAGAAACGUGUUCAUGCUGUCUCGGUUUAACCCUGCUACCUUAUUAACACAGAAUCCCUAAUCUGGUAUUAGUGGCAAGGAACUGCCACUGUCACUGAGUGGCCUAUAAAAUCAUCUAUAAAUGAAAAGUUGCCCUUUUUUUUUCAUGGCUGUCAUCAUUGACUUCUGCUCUAACCACUCAUAAGAAAAAAUCACCCAGCUUCAAACUUUUAACCCUUUUAAUUUUAGUGUAAACACACCGUAAAAAAUGCCCCAAUUUAAAAAAAAAGGGCUAAAAAUAAUAAGAGUAAUGCAAAAUCAAAUUUCUUUGUGCAAGAUUAUCAGAACCUAUGAGUGGUAUGAGUAUGUGUAAAAUUAGUUUUAGUUGCAGUUUCAGUUUUUGCGUGACAGCCUAAAAUAAAAAAAAACGACUAAUCUGGUAUUAGUGGCAAGGAACUGCCACUGUCACUUAGUGGCCUAUAAAAUCAUCUACAAAUGAAAAGUUGCCCUUUUUUAUUAUGGCUGUCAUCAUUGACUUCUGCUCUAACCACUCAAAAGAAAAAAUCAACUAUUUUUAAACUUUUAAUCCUUUUAAUUUUAGUUUGAAACAUGUAUGUGCGUGUGUGGGUGUUUGUGUGUACCUUCGUGCGUGCGUGCGUGCGCGCGCGCGCGCGUGUACCUGCGAGCGAGUGUGUGUGUGUGCCGGCGUGCGAGUGUGUGUGUGCGUGUGUGUGUCUGUGUGCGUGUGCUUACGAUUGUGGAGCUGAGGGGCAGUACCUCCAGAUCAGGUGGCGCGGCACAGCAAUUAGCCUACGAGUUACGUCAGACUGCCGGAUGCAAAACCCCGUUACCCGGAAGAAGAAGAAGAGGUCGGGACCAGAGCAGUGGAUUAAACACUGUGGAUUAAACACUGCUCUGGUCGGGACUGACCCGCGAUGGGGAUGAGCUUUGUGUGUGUGUGUGUGUGUGUGUGUGUGUGUGUGUCCCCGCCGCGAAGCGCGUAAAAUUCGCCGGCGACGACCAUCCGACACCCCCGUUUUCGAGUGGUGAGGUGAGGUUACCACCUCCAGAGCAGCCAGCGGCUCCCCGCCUUUGCUGCCGCGGGCCUAAGGCUAUCUGAUCACGGGUAACGGGGCGGCUGUACCCGGGGCAACCUCGGACGCUUGGGGCGCAUGUGCCAUGAACGCAAUCGCUGGCUGUGACGAGCGCGCGCAAGAUCAUGCGCGUGCACAAACAUUUGCACACGAACACACACGACCAUGCACACACGGAAAACACUAACACAUAAAAAAAAAUACAUGCACACCUGAUUUAUUCACUUCUACAGUCUACUUUUGUUUUUUUGCAAAAAAUGGCCUCUCACUGAAGGCCAAUAACGGAUAUGAAAACAAAUGAAAUUUCAGCAUUCAUGAUUUGAAAAAGUUGGAUUGCAAAUAGACUCAAGAUAAAAUGCAAAAAAAUGGGGGGAAAAAUCUGAUUUGAACUCUUGUGGCAGUAUAUUACAAACAGGUAGCAGAUUUUCCUUCCAAAAGACUGCAUCUAUCAUAGGCUGUGGUUUACGGGUGUGUCAAACUGACCAAAAUGGUAAAAAAAACAAAAAAACACCAGAAUAACAAAUUUGAGACAGUUUCAUGCCCAAAUAAAGUAAAAUGGUAAAAAUAAAAUAAAAAAAUUGCUUCAUUUUAUUAGUGAUAAAGUUAUGUGCAUUUUUUGAUUUUUGAAUAUUGUAAUUUUUGCCAAAUUCCCAUAAGGAAUAAUGGGGUUUUGACCACCUGGCUAGAUCAGCCUCUAUUAUUCAUGAAAAAAAAGGGGCACCUUGUGCACAGUGCAUCUUUAAUGUCUUCAGAAAAGGGGGAAAACAGUCUUUGCUGAAAUUCAUUUUUUCCCACUGAUAUGGGUAUAUGUAAAAGACAAGUGGUUUCCCAUUGGAAUGCAUGUGGCACUUGUGUGACGCUAAUGCAAGAUUAAGCAUAUUUGAAAAAAAAACCAUAACCAUAGGGUUUUUUUUCUUCAAUUUCAGGUAUAUCAUGCCUCAUCACAAAAUACACAUUUUCUAGGAAUUUCUUUGCAAGGGCAUUAAUAGAAAAAAAGUUAUAGCAUCAAAGAGAAGGCCUCAUCCCUCCAGAAACCUUAAUAAGGUACAAGGUUUAAAGGGUUAAAGUACCUGUGUGGACAUGUGACUUCACGAGGAACUGCACCUGUCUGAGCAUGCUCACUGAAGAGCUCACCUGUUGUGGUCCUCAGGUGGUCAGUAUCAUCGAGUCCCGAGCCCGAGGUCUGGACCUGCUCGCCCACAACUACUAUGAGCUGCUGUACGGUUUCCACAUCAACAGACACAACUACAGGAAAGGUAAGAGCACAGACACACACACACAGACAGACACACACUCACAGACACACAGACACACACUCACAGACACACAGACAAACAGACACACACACACACACACACACACACACACACACAGACAAACACACACACACACACAGACACACACUCACAGACACACACACACACACAGACACACACACUCACAGACACACACACAGACACACAGACACAGACACACACACAGACACACACACACAGACACACACUCUGUGGUUGAUAAACUCACCUGAAGUUUGACAUUAGAAGAUGAGGAGUCUCUGAUGUAUUCAGCUAACAAAGGUGUGUGUGUGUGUGUGUGUGUGUGCAUGUGUGUGCGUGUGUGUGUGUGUGUGUGUGUGUGUGUGUGUGUGUGUGUGUAGCUGGUACUGUGAUGUUUGAGUUGGGGAUGCGUCUGGGUCGGGAGGUCCGGACUCGUCUGGGUCUUCAGAAACAGGUGAACUGUUACCUGUCCGCUCUCACCUGUCUGCGCCUCAUCAGACCGGAGUACGCCUGGAUCGUCCAACCCGCCUCCGGAGCCGUGGUACACACACACACACACACACAUACACACACACACGCACGCACACACACACACACACGCUGAACUCCAGUUGUGUUUUUUUUAACACAAAGAUUACAAACAUGAGUACACACAACUGUAAUGAUGUAAAUUUUGUGUGUGUGUGUGUGUGUGUGUGUGUGUCUGUGCGUGCGUAUGUGUGUGUGUGUGUGUGCGCGCAGUACGAGCGUCCUGGAGCGUCUCCAAAGAGAAACGCAGACGGAGAGUUUUCUUCUGAACCAGGUGAGACUAUCUGACCUUGAAUAAACUUUAUUGACGUCCUCUCAGUGGACAGACUCUGAACUCUCUCUGACCCCCAAUUUCCACCGCAUCCGGAACGGCGCCGAUCCAGAACAGCGGCGCAUUUCGCUGUCCGCCAAUUCCUACCAGAUCUGUUUGUGAGGUGAAUUUCGUGGCGGAUUUCCGACAGCGGUAACCUGCAGAUUCACGUUCAAUAACGAGUCGUCUCUCUAAAGACAGACACAUAGACAUAUAAGCAGUAGAUUGUGUCCUUCCAGAGGAGGAAAUCUACUUCUAGACUUCUAGAAUCAGCAUCUCCUCAUCCAUGGUGUCAUCAUCGCCCGACUUCCUCUCCAGCACGGGUUCAUCUGAGCUGAAUUUUUCCGCCAUGCUCCGGCGUCCAGAAAAAUAGAACUCAGGGUUCAGGAGGAGGUCCUGGUCCGGUCUCCGGUCUCCGGUCUAACCCCGUUUCUUGUGUUCCUCCUGCAGUCCGUCGUCAGGUGGACAUCCUGGAACUCAAGGACCUGGAAAAGGAGUACAUCCUCUCCAGGAGUCGCCUCACGCUCGCUCAGCACCACCCCCCCUCCGCCGCCAUCGCAGGUACACCUGGAUCACCUGUAGAGUUUAGGACACCUGUGGACCAGAACACCUGGUUUACCUGACCCCCUUCAGAUCGAAUCCAGGACCAUCAGAAAGACUAAAAACUGAUCCACGUUCAUUAACUGUGUGUGUGUGUGUGUGUGUGUGUGUGUGUGUGUAUCUUCAGGUAGUGCUUCAGCAGAGGAGAUGGUGGUCCUGCUGGUCCAGACCGGACUCUUUGACUCAGCUCAGUCCGUCUGUCAGACCUUCAGUCUGGACCUGACCCCGGUCUUUGAGGGACUCACCUUCAAGUCAGUCUGACUACUUCCUGUUUACGACAGCAUCGACAUUAUCCUUGAAUUCUCUCUCGACCAUCUUUAUCUCCACUUCUUUAACUUUAUCACGACCUCGUCUUCGUGACUCAUUAUUGAUCCUCAUUAUUGAUCCUCAUUAUUGAUCCUCGUUAUUGAUCCUCAGUAUUGAUCCUCAUUAUUGAUCCUCAUUAUUGAUCCUCAUUAUUGAUCCUCAUUUUUGAUCCUCAUUAUUGAUCCUCAUUAUUGAUCCUCGACUCUUAAUUCCUACAUCAUCACCUGAAAUCACUUCAUACAGACCGUCUCUUUAUUUACCCGUCACCUCUGUUUCACUCUCUGCUCAUAAUGGAUGCUUUAUCUGAACAUUAUCAAGUUAUACAUUAAUUAUCUCUUAAUUAUCCGUUAAUUAUCUCUCUGUUAUCUAAACUUCGUUAACCCUCGACUUUGAAUGAAGAUUAUCAGCUGGGACAGAUGUUUGUUAGAUUGUCAGUCAUUAUCUUGUUUUCAGUCAUUAUCUUGUUUUCAGUCAUUAUCUUGUUUUCAGUCAUUAUCCUGUUUUCAGUCAUUAUCUUGUUUUCAGUCAUUAUCUUGUUUUCAGUCAUUAUCUUGUUUUCAGUCAUUAUUUUGUUUUCAGUCAUUAUCUUGUUUUCAGUCAUUAUUUUGUUUUCAGUCAUUAUCUUGUUUUCAGUCAUUAUCUUGUUUGUCAGUCAUUAUCUUGUUUGUCAGUCAUUAUCUUGUUUUCAGUCAUUAUCCUGUUUUCAGUCAUUAUCUUGUUUUCAGUCAUUAUCUUGUUUGUCAGUCAUUAUCUUGUUUGUCAGUCAUUAUCUUGUUUUCAGUCAUUAUCUUGUUUUCAGUCAUUAUCUUGUUUUCAGUCAUUAUCCUGUUUUCAGUCAUUAUCCUGUUUUCAGUCAUUAUCUUGUUUUCAGUCAUUAUCUUGUUUUCAGUCAUUAUCUUGUUUCCAGUCAUUAUCUUGUUUUCAGUCAUUAUCUUGUUUUCAGUCAUUAUCUUGUUUUCAGUCAUUCUCCUGUUUUCAGUCAUUAUCUUGUUUGUCAGUCAUUAUCUUGUUUUCAGUCAUUAUCUUGUUUUCAGUCAUUAUCUUGUUUUCAGUCAUUAUCCUGUCAGUCACUGUCAUGAUCAUGUCUAACAGGAUAAAUCUGGCGUUUUGUCGCUCAGGUGUAUUAAACUCCAGUUUUCGGGGGAGGAGUCUCAGAACGAAGCCUGGAGCUGGUUGGCUGCUAAUCAGCUGUCAUCAGUCGUCAACACCAAAGAGUCGAGGUCUGAUUGGUUUAAAUAUUAAUUCAUAAUCAUUAUUAUCAAUAUUUGAGCUUCGUUACUCUCGGGGCGUAGAGUCGUCCGACAGGGCGCCGGAUUUCUGGCGUGGCGUGGUUUCGUUCUGGCACAGAGUCCAAAUGAAAGAAUUGUGUCUGUUGAUCGAUCAGAGAUCAAUAAUCACUCAUUAUCAAUGUUCACUGAUGUCUUUAGUGCGACUGAUGAGGCGUGGCGUCUGCUGGCCUCCUACCUGGACAGGUAUCCGUCUUCGAACGGACGACAUCAUCGCUGUGUCAUCAAUAAGCUGCUGUCACAUGGUGUCCCUCUUCCUGAUUGGCUCCUCAAUGCCUACAAGGUCAGACGCUGUUUUUUAACACCUGAUCACACAGGUGGUUUUCCCAUGAUGCACUGGGACAGCGGUGUUUCUGUGUUUCAGGCGGUGGAUCCUGCGUCUCUGCUGCGUCUCCUCCUGAACUUUGACCUCCUGGACGCUGCGGCUGAGCUGGUGUUGGAGUUGGUGGACGCUCUGCUCGGACGAGGACAUCAGUACUUUGGAAUAGAGGUACAAGUACUGCAGGGUAACUCUGUAACUCCACCCCUGACCUGACCCGCCGUAACCCCGCCUCUCAGUAACAGCAGCUGUGAUUGGACGCUCUGCAGACGAGAUACAAACACUCGCAAAAUAAGCAAGAUGAUUGUGUUUGUGCACAACAUAACCGUGUGUGUGUGUGUGUGUGUGUGUGUGUGUGUGUUUCAGAGGCCUCUGUCGGCGACCUCGUCCUCCGUCUGGUUACCGUACACGGCGAUCGACCAGCUGCUGCAGUCGCUGAGUCAGACUCAGACCAACAGCAUUGUAAGUACUUCCUGUGGAUCAGCUGAUGGAGGUUCGGUUCUCUCAGUUUGGACCCGGACCAAAAUAAUGAUCAGCUGAUCUGUGUUUUUAUGAAGGAGGAGCUCUGAGGUCAGAGGUCAGAGGGACAGGAAAACGACCAAAUAAGGAAACAGACAAAAAAAUGUAGAAGUGAGACAAACCCGUGUGUGAAACUCAGACACUCUUCACAGGAAAGGUUCCUGAUCUGGUCCCAGGCCUGGACUUGUUUGGACUCUCAGGUUCUUUGACCUAAACCUCGGGUCCUUCACAAACGGGUCAGUUUGGAGAACGGAGGCGGAGUUUCUCCAUCACUGACCAUCUAAACGUUCAUGAAUGCCUCACACGGGGCACCGAAAUAACGAGGAAGAAUUUUUAAUAAUGUCAUUAAAUAAAGAUUAUUAUCAGUUAUUGACAAUUAUUGAUCUGAAGACAUUUAUUAUGAAUUUAAAUCACCACAAAAAAACAAGCUCAAAUAAAGGUCAUUUCCUGUCCUAAAAAAACCUUCAGAAUAAAAGACAAAGACAGGAAGUUAAAGGUCAAAAUUACAAACACCGUCAACAAAGACGGAUCAUCAGGGGAAGAAAGUCUGAAGUGUCAGGUGAUCCCGGGGAAUCAGGUGUGUCUCAGGUCUGUUAGGUGGUCUCAGGUGGUCUUUAGUGUGUCUCAGGUGGUCUCAGGUCUGUUAGGUGGUCUCAGGUCUGUUAGGUGUGUCUCAGGUCUGUUAGGUGGUCUCAGGUCUGUUAGGUGUGUCUCAGGUCUGUUAGGUGUGUCUCAGGUCUGUUAGGUGGUCUCAGGUGGUCUUUAGUGUGUCUCAGGUGGUCUCAGGUCUGUUAGGUGGUCUCAGGUCUGUUAGGUGGUCUCAGGUCUGUUAGGUGGUCUUUAGUGUGUCUCAGGUGGUCUCAGGUGUGUCUCAGGUCUGUUAGGUGGUCUCAGGUGGUCUCAGGUCUGUUAGGUGGUCUCAGGUGGUCUCAGGUGGUCUCAGGUCUGUUAGGUGUGUCUCAGGUGGUCUUUAGUGUGUCUCAGGUGGUCUUUAGUGUGUCUCAGGUGGUCUCAGGUGUGUCUCAGGUGGUCUCAGGUGUGUCUCAGGUCUGUUAGGUGGUCUCAGGUGGUCUUUAGUGUGUCUCAGGUCUGUUAGGUGUGUCUCAGGUGGUCUUUAGUGUGUCUCAGGUGGUCUCAGGUGUGUCUCUGUUGAUGUUAGUCAUUCUCUGUUUUUUUCAGGUUUAUCUCAAAGUCAAAGACAAACUCGAUGAAUUUCAUGACUUGGUGGAGCGGACGACAAAACACCGACUCGGGGUUCGAUGAUACAAAGACUCGAUGACUCCCUUCAGGUCACCUGAUGCCUCAUCCAAUCAGAGCGCUGCUUACUGACUUUCACGCAGCGCAGUGAACGGUGUAAAUAUGUCCUGAAGAAGAAAUCUGUUUUUUUUUAUGUUUGUGUUUUUGUACCAAAGUUUUUGUAAAUUUGAUCAAAAUAAAGUUUCUUUCCAAUAAAUUAAAAAAAUGUC